GAAGCAGCCGCGCGCGGUGCCUGUCCCUGUGGGUCUCCUCGGCAUGCGGCCACUGCCUCCCACCACCCACCUCCGCGCCAUGGGGCCAGAGCCGGCGGCCCAGAAACAGCCCCCGCCUCGUAAGCGAAGCCGCCGGGCCUCCGGUCUCAGCGCUGGCGGCGCCGCGAGGUCUUCGGCCGACACCCCCGACCCCAGGCCGGAAGGGAGAAUCCCAUCUUUCCGAGAACCGGCCAAGUUGAAACGGAGCACACCGCACAGUUCCAUCCUCCCGGGCAAAGAGAUGGCUUUUUCGCUGUUUGUCACAUUUCAUAUUCUGCCUUGCGUGUCUGGAAAAGGUCGACACUAGCGGAGGUUUUCAGAAGGCUGAAUCUGGAAGCGGAACGGUGUAAAAAUUAAAGUAUUGGGGACAUUGCUUCCCAUCAGUGUUGGAGGUGGUAGGUCCCAAUGACUGGUUUUGGGACCUUUUGUUUUUAAAGCUAUGUCCCCAUCUGUAAAAUGGGGUUAUAAUAGUAUCCACUUCCUAUGUGUAAGUCGUUGUGAAAUUAAUUGAGAUAGUGCCUGUAAGGUGUAUGCAUAUACCAAGUGCUGUGCACAAAGAGCUCUCAAUAAAUGUUAACUGU